AAGGCUAGACGAGCACAGUUCAUCUUCCACUACCUACCUUUACACACGUGUUUUCACCUGUAAGGGAGAUCGACUCUAAUACACUUCUAUACUUGUGUUAUACUACACGGAAUACCUUCAUUCUACAGACUUGGAUUAUAAUUUCAACUUUGAAUUCAUCUGAGUUUAAUGUCAACCAUGAGUUUCCGAAUGUUGCGAUCAUCGGAUUCCUUAGACGACGAGUUUUCUGCGAACAAUCACCGUCGAUUAUGCCGGCAGCGUUCAAACUCAGAACCAAAUCGUCUGAGCAUUGAUGAAAGCGGGGUCAACGCUACUAACAGCAAUGGAAGGAGUCUGUUGUUCUGUGCAGUCCGUUAUGGACAACUUGAGGUUGCCCGUGGUUUGUUGGAAUCCCGAUGUGAUCCGAAUAUACCAGACGAGUACCGAAAUAUUGCCCUGCACGAGGCCGUAGAAAGAUCACACCCUGACCUUGUCAAACUCCUGAUCAAAUAUGGGUCCGACUUGGAUGCCAAAAAUUGUCUCGGUCAGACACCGUUGAUGAGAGCUGUUGUAUUCGACGAUUUGGAAAUUGUCAAGCUCUUAGUUAAAUCAGGAGCCGAUCUUGAUGAGCUCGAGUGCACAGGUAAAUCUGCUCUCCUAAUUGGCUUACUGGAACAGCGGGAAAAAGUGUGCUCGUUCUUAAUCAAAUACGGAUGUGACGUCAACAUUGUCGACAAGCUUGGACAAAGUGCUAUGUAUCUGGCCUCUCAAUCAACAAAUGCGGAAUCAAUGGUUUUGUGCAAAAGAUUGAUCAAAGCUGGAUAUGAAACAAAAAAGGAUUCCGAUUGGUUGGACGAGUCGAGCGUUGCGCGCAGAGUACUCCGCCGAAAGAGUUUUCUGAAAAAGGUUUACAACAAGCUGAGAAAUCGAAAUGAAAGCAACGACAAACAGAAAUAUUACCACAGUGAAACAUCAAGUUCGUGUUCUGACAGUCCAAACGAAAGUUAUUCGGACAUGAUUGAAAGCGUAAAUAAUCCCUGUGUCAUCCGAGUACGAAACUAAACUACGAAAUUAAACUGACAAUGAAAUAACAGGACUUUGAACAAUAGUAGAAAUUUAAUUUCUGCAUAAUCACAAUUUGAAGUGACUUUCGUGUUUCGAUUGUGUUUCACGACAUUAUCGGUUUUAAGUUGUCGAUAGCAAUUCAUAUUCAUGCUCACGUUUUCCAUUUUAAGUUAAUUUUUGCAUAAUAUCACAGCAUUUAUUAUAUUGAUACGAACAGAGAAACGGACACAAGAUAUUUUUUUUUUAAAUAUGACGUUUUCGGUCAUAAUACUUAGCAAGCAAUACAUGUAUAUGUUCAUUCUAUCAAAGCUUAAUGUUAAUUUAAGAUGUUUAUCAUAAUUAUUAAUGUUUGUUCUGUUACAGUAAAUGUCUGUUCACUCGAAAAGCUCCAAUCAUUAUAGUUGAGGUCUCAAGAUGGUGCUAUUUUUCUGAAAUUUCGAUAAUAAGUUUUUCUUGUUGGUAUGGUGUUUUUUUUUCGGAAUUUGUCUUUCAUUAAGGCCGUCUUAUAUUUCGAAGCCAUUCAAACAGUUGGUUUUUUAUGGCAUACUUUUAAGACUGUCGUAUUUUGAAAGCUAUCAGCUGACAGUAGAUCGUAUUCAUGAUAACGCUAUCACUUGUUACUGUAAAUUUCUAAAUGUACAUCUCCAAUACAUUAAGGAUUAAUGUAUAUAUAAAACUGUUCUAAUGCACAUACUUAUUUAAAUUAAUUUAUAGACAAAUGGAAUUAUCUGAGAGUUAUAAUCCUAUAACUUUUUGUAAUUUAAUAAAUACUUGUCUGAUACGUCCAUGACGACAACGGGCGUAACCACUCUGCAUUAUAGCCAUGGAUAAUUUAUAAAUCUGGACUGCUUUCGAAGUAAGUCUGGUUACAUGGAACAAGACUUAUUUUCAAGGUGGACCUAUUUUUGAAUUAAGCUAAUUAUCGAGAAUCUAUGGUAACGAUUUAUAUUGGUUUUUAAAAGGAAAACUUCUUACUAUUGGUACCAUUUAAAAGAUAUUUAGAUAUUUGAAGAUUGAAACCGUAAUGAGCUUUACUGGACAGUGAUCAUUGUAUUUACUUCAACCAUGUCUUGUAAUGUUUUGUAUUGUUACAUUGAAAUCCUGCCUUCGCUGCUUUUCCGAGUGUUGCAAUGAAUAUUUAUAUGAAUAAUAAAUGUCUUCAGUCAUCAG